GGUCAGCGGGGGAGAGGGAAAAGAGAGAAGUGGGGAAUUUGGUGUUUCUCAGCGGUAUCUUAUUAUCGCCACCACCUUCGUAUUGCAGGACAUGACCUAUCUCUGCAUCUCGGCCUCGGAUUCAUCCAGUCAAAACCUGCUGCAGCAUUUUAAGGAGUGCAUCAAGUUCAUCCACGAGUGCCGGCUCGGUGGGGGAGGCUGCCUGGUCCAUUGCCUGGCUGGGGUCUCCCGCAGCACCACCGUCCUGGUGGCUUACCUCAUGACAGUGACCGAGCUCGGCUGGGAGGGCUGCCUGGCUGCCACCAGGGCCGUGCGGUCCUACGUCAGCCCCAACUUCGGCUUCCAGGCGCAGCUGGCUGCGGGCGAGCAUCCCUCGGCUGCCUCGAUCCGGAACAGGGACCCUCCGACGGGACCCUCGGAGGUCAAAAUGGGGAAGAUGCUGCCUGGGACUGGCCAGGCGGCCCCUCGCCGCAGGAAGCACGCCCUGAGCGUGCAGCUGUGGUUUCGAGCUGGCAAAGGGCGCUUAUCGGGGCUGGAUGGAUAA